AUGGCUUCUAAUUUCUCUCCCCAGGUUGGCCAUCAACAAGACAGAUCAUCAUAUGAGCCCCUGGAGACAUGCUACGUUCGAAUGAUCCUGGAGGCUGACAAGAUACCAUGGCAACAUAAUUUGCUGGCAAGUGGAGCUCAUUGGGUUUUGCUUGCGGGUUAUCUGGUAGUCCCUGGCACGUUCACAUCCCUUCAAGCAUCAGCUACCCUCCACAACAGCUUGUCAGAUAAUGAAGCGGGAGAAGUUAUCCUCAAUCGCAUCCAAAACCCCCCACUGCUUGCCCUGGCGUGCGUUUUCUUUGUCGUGGGAUUAAUGCUCAUUGGUUGGCUUUACCAUGAGUAUAGAAGCAACUAUAUAUGGCUCAUCAAUCGUAUAUUCAUGUGGGUAAUGAAGCCGACUCUGCUUAAUUCAUCAGCUGGUCUUCUAACCACCAUGAUCAGCCUUUAUACUGGGCAUGGAGGUGACUGGUCAAUCAUGGCUCUUCUAACUGUGAUUGCCUCCGGCCUUUCUGUUGCAUCUUCAUCCAUUCUGUUGAUAAUAUACAAGUUUAUUAAGCUUGAAAAGGUGAAACGGCAACAUGAUCAACUUCAAAGUGCACGUGAUCAUUUCAGCCAUUGCUAG